AUGGAAACCCCAUAAACCCAACAGGAAAAGCCUUCAUCUCCACCUCUUACUUCUUGCCGGAAGAAUAAGAAGGAUGAUGCCACUUUCCUGGAGGAUUUGAAAGACCACAUUGAUGAGUUUAUCAAUGCAUCCAUGGAAGAGCAUAAAACUUGUUUCAAGAAGACCAUGCAAAAGAUGUUUGGAAUGUCAAAGGCUGUUGCAGAGAGAAGUUCUGCCACCCAGGAAGUUGAAAGUUCUCUGCCCCUUCGGACAACUGUGACAGAGUAAAUCACCAUUCAGUGGUGCUAGCUCACAGUAUGUAUGGGUGACUUGUUCUCUUUUUUGUUCUCCAGUUUGACGGUCGAAGUUUUGAAUUAGUUUCCUUAGCUCUGGUGCAUAAGUCUAUAUAUUUUGUGGAUUUUGUUCUGCUUGAAAUGUUCUCCAGCUUCGGAGUUGCUAGAAUAAUUCUUGUUUUAAAUCUUUAUAUGGGCAAACAAGCCGGGUGUGAAGAACUAUGACGGAUUUUUUUUUAGUUCUUCUGGAUGGAAGUGCGAGCACGAUAUAUGUGCAGUAUAGAUGUCUACUGAAAUAGCUGCCUCUUAUUUUGGUGAAGGGUGUGACCCUUAAUGAGUUUUCAACCCAUUGGCAUCCCUGAGGACUACAGGGCAUUUGAGGACGUUUAUAUUAGCCAACAACCAACCCAAGUUAACGAACCC